AUGUUCAUGCUUCUUCAGCUCUGGGAUUCUCAUGAUGGACACAUUGUCUUCUCAAUAACUUUCACCCUUAUUUAUGUAUUGACGUUGACUGGAAACUUCAUGAUUAUUACCAUUUGCAGGCUUGAGAGGACACUAGGCACACCAAUGUACUUUUUCCUCAGUCACCUUGCCACUUUAGAAAUCUGCUACAUUUCUGUAAUCGUCCCCAAAAUGCUUUACAAUUCAAUGUCAGGGGAUAAUGCUAUUUCAUAUAUUGCCUGUCUUACUCAGUUGUAUUUUUUCGGCUCCUUAGGUUCAACAGAAUGCUUUCUUCUGGCUAUAAUGGCAUAUGAUAGAUAUUUAGCUGUGUGCAAGCCUUUACAUUAUCAUGCAGUCAUGACAUCCAGGCUUUGUUUUUGUUUGGCCGCGUGCUGCUGGACAUCAGGUUUCAUAUCUACCUUGUCCUCAAUACUUUUAAUCUCAACAUUACAAUUUUGUGGCCCAGAGCAAAUUCAGCAUUUCUUUUGUGACAUUUCUCCUCUUUUAAAAUUGUCUUGCACUGAUGUUCAGAAUACUGAGACCCUAAUUUUUCUCUUAGCUUCUGUUAUACUUGUUGGAUCUUGUGCAGUUACUCUACUUUCAUACUUUAGGAUUCUUUCCACUCUGUUGGCUAUAAAAUCAAGAGCUGGUAGGGGAAGGGCCCACUCAACCUUUGCUUCACAUCUCACUGUGGUUACAGUUUAUUAUAGUACUAUGAUAUUUGUCUAUGUUCGCCCAACUACAGGCAAUCCUUCAAGGUUUAACAAAGUCCUAUCUGUUUUGUACACGAUUUUGACACCAUUUCUUAAUCCUUUUAUAUAUUCUUUAAGAAAUAAAGAGGUACAAGGAGCUCUUAUGAAAACAUUACGCAAGGUUAUUUCCCAUAUGCCAAAAACCUCUUAUAAGUAA